GAAGAACCUUUUGUGAUGAGAAAAGCUGGUUCACUAGUAAGGGAUGGACAUGAUGAAUAUGAAGGAUUUACUAUAGAUUUGUUACACAUACUCGCUCAAACUCUCAACUUUCAAUACGAGAUAUACGUCAGUCCUAAAAACCAAUAUGGCGCUAGACAAAAUGGCGGUGUGUGGGAUGGUAUGGUCGGUGAAAUUAUUAGUGGGAAUGCCACAUUAGCAAUGGGUGCUAUAUCAAUUACAUCACAAAGAGAAACAGCUAUAGACUUCAGUCUGGGAGUUUUAACUACAGGAGUAAACAUACUAGUACUGAUGCCAGAUGACCAUUAUACCAUAUUCCAGUUCCUCAAACCAUUUUCUCUCGAGUUGUGGAUGGCCAUCCUUGGAUCUUCAGUAGUCGUAUGUUUGGUGUAUUUUAUUUUGGAUUACACUCAUCCUUCCAGAAAGUUUACAAUGAAGGAGACUUUGUGGUUUUCUAUUGGAACACUUCUAAAACGCGGUACAGACUUCUCUCCUGGACCAAUAUCACAACGUAUUCUUACCAUCGGCUUUGGUUUCUUCGUUCUCAUCACUGUCGCCACCUAUACUGCAAACAUGGCGGCCUUCUUGACAACCAAAAAUCUUGGAAAAACUGUCGACUCAUUUGAAAGUUUGUCACAAAAUGACGAUAUAGAGUGUGGAAGCGUCAAGAAUUCGGCAACGUUGAAUUUUCUGAGAAUGGGUACAAAGCCUGUUUUUAAAAGAUUGUUUGAGAAAAUCGAAGAAUCUGAUGGAAUGGUGACAAAUUCCUCAGAGGGCCGGAAGCGAGUGGCAGAGGGGGAUUUCGCUUUCAUUUUUGAUUAUCUGAUCAACUCUUAUGCUGAAGGUAAUAACUGUAACAUCACUGCAGUGGCGUCACCUAUCCUGAUUCAGGAACAUGGUAUAGGGAUGGCAGCAGGAGCACCUUUUAAAACUAGCGUCAACAUAGAAUUACUAAAUCUUAAGGAAAGAGGUACAUUACAAGGGCUGAAAAAGAAGUAA